AUGUUGCGUUCGCAGUCGGAUUUGCAAAUUCAGAGGGCGUUCGAGUGGCUUCUUCCCCAAGAGGAACUUUAAAUUCCGAUUCCCAUGGAACGCACCGAAAGGACCGGCGGCUGAAGGUGAAGGCUCUUCAACAUCCUGCCCCCGGAAUCCUCACUCAACUCGGCCGCUGACCCAGCUCCGACCAGGGGCUGCCCGGGUCUCCUCUUACCAUCUGCGGCCUCUCCUCCAGCGGGACAUAUACAAACAGCUCGGCGCCAGAUGAGACUCUUGUGAUUUAUUUUAUUUUAUUUUAUUUUUAAAAAUAUAUUAUUACUACCCAGCAGCGUAUCUGUGAGGACGGGAGGCCGCCGGAGUGAUGUCGGCGCCGGUGAACGGCUACGGUCAAACCCCUGCGCCGAACGGUGGAGCUGCUGCCCCCCGACAGAAUGGUCCAGUUCAGACAUAUACCACCACGUAUCCCGCCAUGGGUUAUUAUGGGGCCCCACCUCAGCAACGGAACGACCCCACCAUCCCGUCACACUGCAUGGGCAUGUCCAGCAAAGCCCCCGUCACAAACAGUGGCCACCAUGUGAAUAACUACUACCAGAAUCACUGUCAGGUAGCACCCCCAAGCUCAGCGCCCCCUCCCCAGCAACACGCUGCUGCCGUUCCUUCCUCAGCACCUCCGCCAAGCGCCCACUACGCCCAAUUCCAGCAGCAACAUCCACCCUAUGCCACUCCAAGAGCUUAUUAUGGACAGAUGGCAUACCACGCAUCCCCAGCUCAGUCCCAGCAGCAACAGCCCACCUUGUUGCCGGCACCACCUAGUGGUCCCGGGGCCCCCCUCUACCCCAUCAUUUCCUACCCAUCUGCACCAGGGACGAGCCAGUACGGCACGCUCGUCUCCAACCAGAUGGGCACCACGCCUAGAACGAUCCAGUACAGCAACCUCCAGCCAGGCUCUACAACAACAGCAGCAAUGCACCCUGGGUACAAUGUGGCCCCUUCUACUCAGAUGGCAUCAGCCGUCAAUGGUCAAGGAAGCACAAUUGCAAGCACAGCCCACCAACACUACGACCAUCAGGCCUCCUACGGCGGCACUGCGAACGGAGAACGACCACCCUCGGGAACUCCCACAACGUCAGUACAUUCCUCACCAGGCCACCAUCAAGGCACGCAGUUUGGCUAUGUCGCUAAUAGCGGCACGAUCUCGGCCUCUGGUCCGACCGCAGCCCCCUCAUCAUCUAGCUCGGAGGAUGAUGAGGAUGACGAUGAGGAGGAAGAGGAUGAGGAAGCAGGCGGCGACACGUCAUCUUCCACCACAGGCAGUGCAUCACCGGUGCCCAACAGCUAUGAUUCCCUGGAAGAAGGUAAUUAUCCAGAUUCCAUGCCACCUUCAGCCAAUAUGACCAAUCAAGCAUCACCCUACGGUAGCUAUGGUUACCCCACCAUGCAGCCAGCCUAUGGAGGAGGACCAACCCCACUCACGGACUCGCAGGCUUCUCGAGACCUGCUUGGACCGUCAGGCUACCAGCAGUACCCACAGCCCUUCCCGAGCUUGUCCCAGCUUUCUGCGGCACUAGGGGGGCUUAGCGGGGUCCCAGAGCUAGAGGUGGAAGCCCUCAGGCCUGUCAACCUUCUGCAGGAGAGGAACCUGCUCCCCUCAAGACCCCUGCAGGCCCCUGAACCCAACCUGAGCUCAGAGCUAAAGAAGGUCAACUGCAGCCCUCAGACGUUCCGGUGUACCCUGACCAGCAUCCCUCAAACGCAGGCUCUGCUCAGCAAGGCCAGACUGCCACUUGGCCUCCUGCUUCACCCCUUCAGAGACUUAGAGCAACUGCCAGUUAUCACAUCCAACACCAUAGUUCGCUGUCGCUACUGCCGCACCUACAUCAACCCCUUUGUUACCUUCCUGGACCAGCGACGGUGGAAGUGUAACCUCUGCUAUCGGGUCAACGAUGUACCAGAUGAGUUCAUGUACAACCCAGUAACGAGGUCAUAUGGCGAACCUCACAAGCGACCGGAGGUCCAAAACGCCACCGUAGAGUUCAUCGCCUCCUCAGAUUACAUGCUACGGCCCCCUCAGCCGGCGGUCUACCUAUUCAUGCUGGACGUUUCCCACAAUGCCGUGGAAAGCGGGUACCUGAAAUACUUCUGCGAGUCUCUCAUGGAGAACCUGGAUAAGUUGCCUGGAGACUCGCGCACCAAGGUGGGAUUCCUCACGUUCGACAGCAACGUCCACUUCUACAACCUUCAGGAGGGACUUUCCCAGCCACAGAUGUUGGUGGUGACUGAUAUUGAUGAUGUCUUCAUACCAUCUCAUGAUAGUCUAAUGGUGAGCUGGAAGGAGAGUAAAGAGCUGAUCAAGGACCUGCUGACCUCCCUCCCCGCCAUGUUCACCCAGAGCAGGGAGACGCACAGCGCACUGGGCCCCGCCCUGCAGGCCGCCUUUAAGCUCAUGUCGCCCACUGGCGGACGCGUCAGCGUGUUCCAGACGCAGCUGCCCACGCUGGGCGCGGGUUUGCUGCAGUCCAGGGAGGACCCCAGCCAGCGCGCCAGUGCCAAGGCAGUGCAACAUCUUGGGCCUGCCACAGACUUCUACAAGAAAUUUGCACUGGAUUGCUCAGGACAACAGAUCGGUGUUGAUCUUUUUCUGCUCAGCUCCCAGUACGCUGACCUCGCCUCACUGGCAUGUGUAUCCAAGUACUCUGCAGGCAGCAUCUUCUACUACCCCUCCUUUCAUCACAUCCACAACCCAGCCCAGUUGGAGAAGUUCCAGAAGGAUCUUGAACGCUACCUCAGCAGAAAGAUGGGCUUCGAGGCAGUCAUGAGAAUACGAUGCACGAAAGGUUUAUCCAUCCACACAUUCCACGGCAACUUCUUUGUGCGCUCCACCGACCUGCUGUCCCUCGCAAACGUCAACCCGGACUCUGCUUUCGCUGUCCAGAUGUCGAUCGACGACUCGCUGGUCGACUCUUCUCUGGCCUGCUUCCAAGCAGCUCUGCUCUACACUUCAAGUAAAGGGAAGCGGCGUAUCCGGGUCCACACUCUUUGCCUGCCUGUGGUCAACCAGCUGAGCGACGUGUACGCCGGCGCUGAUGUCCAGGCCAUUACAUGCCUGCUGGCCAACAUGGCGAUCGACCGCUCCGUAUCGUCCAGCCUGUCGGAUGCCCGGGACGCUCUGAUGAACGCAGCAGUGGACUUUGUGAGCGCCUACAAGAGCAACGUCUCCAACCUGCAGCACUCCGGCCUCGUAGUGCCAGCCGCCAUGCGCCUUUUACCACUUUACAUACUCUCUCUGCUUAAACAGAGAGCGUUUCGUACAGGAAUGAGCACACGCCUGGACGAGCGCGUCUUCGCCAUGUGCGAGUUCAAGACGCAGCCGCUGCAGCAGCUGAUGCGGAUGGUUCACCCCGACCUGUACCGCUUGGACAACGUGUCUGACCAGGGGGCGCUCCACCUCAACGACAGGCUGGUCCCACAGCCUCCACUACUACACUUGUCUGCAGAGAGGUUGAGCCGAGAUGGAGCUUUCCUCAUGGACUGCGGCAGCGUGUUUUACCUGUGGGUUGGCAAAUGCUGCAAUGAGAUGUUCAUCCGAGAUGUUCUGGACUACCCCAACUAUGCUUCAAUCCCCACCAACAUGAGUUGCAUUCCUGAGCUGGAGACGUUGCUGUCGGAGAGGGUGCGAGCGUUCCUCGACUGGCUGCAGGACAACAGAGCCUUCAGCUGCAUCUUGCACGUCAUCAAGGACGACACCUCGGCCAAUGCGACCUUCUUCCAGCACCUGGUGGAGGAUCGCCCAGAGUCGGGCUCCUCCUACUGUGAGUUCCUGCAGUACAUCCAGCAGCAGGUAUCCUAGUCACAGGCACAUGAUCGGAGUGGGAACACUAGUGUGAUUGGACCGCACAGGAAGGGGGGGUGGCGGGGGGCGGGGGCCAAGACGAUAAACCACAAAGGAACCUCUCCCGCUGCCCUGUAGCUUCUCCUUGAAAUGGGACUAGAAGGGAAAAUGGAGCCAAGAAGAUGCCACUUUUGUCGUAGCGCUGUAGUGCUGUCCUUUUGUUUUUUUUAAGAUUUUACUGACUACUGAAAACAAUGACGAUGGGAAGCGUUUCACUGGCACCCUGGAAGAGCUUCCUGUCGGGAGGAACUGAUAGCGAUUGGAUGUUGGAUACCCUCAUUGACCCAUCAAGGAGGAGGGGGGGGGGGGGGAGACCUCCCCCUGUCAAACUGUUUUGUUUUUGUUUUUUGUUUUCCUCCCCUUUCAUCCCAGUCGCUAAAUGUACUAUCCUCUUUGUAACUACUGAAAAAAAUCUUUUACAGACGAUAAUUUAUGAAACAGCUUAUUAAAUAAAAAAUGACAAACCCAA